AUGGCUCUCUACGUGUCUCAAGCGAGCGCAGCGCUUGCAGUUGCCAUAGUUCUCUAUGUGCUGCUCUUCGUCGGUAGAAGAGGUCGUAACUUUCCAGAUGGACCUCCAACACUACCAAUCAUUGGCAAUCUACAUCAACUUCCCAAGCAUAAAGUAUAUCUCCAGUUCACAGAAUGGGCCAAGCAGUAUGGAGGCAUGUACACUCUCAAGCUCGGUCCCACUACGGCAGUGGUGCUGUCAGACCGUCGCAUUGUCAAACAGGUUCUGGACAAGAGGAGCGCCAUCUCCAGCGAACGCCCUGCAAAUGAAAUCAGCCAGCACAUCAUCACCGAAGGGGACCACCUCCUAUGGAUGAACAAUACACCAGCAUGGCGCUUGAUGAGGAAGUUGAUCCACCAGGACCUGACGGAGAAGAUGUGCGAGAACGAUCACCACAAGAUUCAACAGGCGGAAUCGGUGCAGAUGCUGCACGACAUGCUCGAAUCUCCAGACGACUGGAUGUCCCACCUCAAGCGUUUCAGUAACAGUGUCAUUACUAGCAUCGUCUACGGCAUUCGCUCUCCAUCAAUCGAUUCGACCUACAUCACGCGCCUCAACGAGCUUCUCGAGAAAUGGGCUCGGAUCAACGAAUUUGGCGCCACCCCGCCCGUCGACAUCUUCCCCUUCUUGAAACUGAUCCCUGAACGAUUCCUGGGCAACUGGGUCACCCGAGCCACCGUGGUCCACGACGAGAUGCACUCAUUGUACAACAAACUCCGCGAGACGGUCGAGAAGAGACGAGAGGCAGUGGGCCCCAUGUCAACGGUCGUCGAUCGCCUGCUCGACCAGCAGGAAAAGACGGGUCUCACCACGCACCAAAUCACAUUGCUCUCCGGCGUCACCACCAAGGGCGGUUCCGACACGUCGGCCUCGGUCCUGUCGUCGUUCAUGCAAGCCAUGGUGACAAACCCGCACGUCGUCCAGAAAGCCCAGGCCGAGAUCGACGCUGUGAUCGGUGACGACCGUGUACCAAACUGGUCCGACUACGGGGAUCUGCCGUAUGUAGCUGCCAUUGUCAAGGAGAGCCAUAGAUGGAGACCAGUGGCUCCUCUUUCUGUGCCACAUGCACUUUCCGAAGAUGAAUGGGUCGAUGGUAAGCUCAUCCCCAAGGGUGCUACGAUAUUCCUGAACGUCUGGGGUCUUCACCACGACGAGGCCAAGUUCCCCAACCAUGACACCUUCGACCCGGACCACUACAAGGGCCGGACCCUUCUCGCAUCUGAAUACGCCAACUCUGCCGACUACGAGAACCGAGAUCAUUAUGGCUACGGCAACGGACGACGUCUAUGUCCCGGCAUCCAUCUCGCUGAUCGCAACUUGUUCCACGCCAUUUCCAAGAUCCUGUGGGCAUUCAACAUCGAAAAGGCUACCGACUCAAAAACGGGCAAGCCCAUUGAACCUGACACCAGUAUGGUCACCGGCUACAGAGAAGGCCUGACUGCGUGCGUCCACGAAUUCCCUAUCAAAUUGACCGUGCGAUCUCAAGCCAAGAAGCAAACCAUCAUCAAAGAACACGAUGAUGCCAAGGCCAACGUAUUCCCCGAGUACGAGAAGACUGCCAUCUUUUAG